UGUGUUAUUCAUGUAUGAGAAGGCGCGUACCAGCCUGACCUCAUGGCAGCGCAGAUGUAAACAAACAGUGGCCGGGGGAGGCGGAGGCUGACAGGGGGAACAAUGCAGAAAUAUGAGAAACUGGAAAAAAUCGGUGAAGGAACAUAUGGCACUGUAUUCAAAGCCAAGAACAGAGAGACACAGGAGAUAGUGGCGCUGAAGAGAGUACGGCUGGAUGACGACGAUGAAGGGGUGCCCUCAUCAGCCCUGCGGGAGAUCUGUCUGCUGAAGGAGCUGAAGCACAAGAACAUUGUGAGGCUGCAUGAUGUUCUGCACUCAGACAAGAAACUCACACUGGUGUUUGAACAUUGUGAUCAAGACUUGAAAAAAUACUUUGACAGUCUCAAUGGAGAAAUUGACCCUGACAUUGUUAAGUCUUUCAUGUUCCAGCUGCUGCGAGGGCUAGAGUUCUGCCACAGCCGCAAUGUGCUGCACCGGGAUCUCAAGCCACAGAAUCUCCUCAUUAACAAGAAUGGAGAGCUCAAGCUGGCAGAUUUUGGGUUGGCUCGGGCUUUUGGCAUUCCUGUGCGCUGCUACUCUGCCGAGGUGGUGACGUUAUGGUACCGGCCACCCGAUGUGUUGUUUGGUGCCAAGCUGUACAACACCUCCAUUGAUAUGUGGUCUGCUGGCUGCAUAUUUGCUGAACUAGCCAAUGCCGGCCGCCCACUGUUUCCCGGUAGUGACGUGGAUGAUCAAGUGAAGCGUAUCUUCAAGCUUCUCGGCACUCCAACGGAAGACACCUGGAUGGGCAUGACUUCCCUGCCUGAUUAUAAAACCUUUCCCUUGUACCAGCCCACCAUGACCCUCGCUCAGGUCUGCCCUAAGCUUAGCAGCAAAGGCAGAGAUCUUCUUCAGAGGCUGCUCAUCUGCAAUCCAUCUGCAAGGAUGAAUGCAGAGGAUGCCAUGGCACACUCUUACUUUGCUGACCUCUCACCUUCCAUCAGAAAUGUGUGACCCCCAAGCAAACCAUUGCCACAGGGAAGUUUUGUAUCAUGCCAGUGUGUGUGCAUAUGAGUGAAAUUACAUCUCAACUCUCCAAAGCUUUGGAGAUUAAAUAUUGGAUCUGCUUAGUUUGUUUUUGUCUUUGUGAUUUGAUCUUUUAUUUGAACUUAUGAAUUAUUUAAGGAAAUUGAAGUUAAGCUGGUGUUCUUAAGACUUUUUUUUUUUUUUUUUUUUUUUUUUUUUAUGUACAUGAAGUAGCUGGUGAUGUGCUCACUUCAUGAUCUGCAGGUGUCCAUCAUUCUGGAGAGACAGGCAAUGAAACCUACCUUUAAAAGUUAUUCAUGAAUGUGGAUGUCAGUUUUGUUAAUGCAUUUUCUAUGUAUUGGAGAAUGAGGAACAAGUUGCAAGUGUUCAUUGUGUUUUUAAUCUUUUGGUCAAAGUUACUUCUACUAUAAUUGUAUAUUCAGCAGUGAUGGGCACUAUUCUGAUGAUCUACUAAUCAUUAAUUAGUGAAAUUAACAUUUUCAUUAGUAGAUAAUUGUUCUCAUUCAUUUAAAAAAAAAUUACCAGACCAUUUAGCUUCCACUAAAUUUAGUUACACUAACUUUGUCUGCUAACCCUAAAUUAAACAUGAUUAUUUCAGUCUAUUUAUAUCAUAUAUCACAUAUUAUUAUUUUGCAAUCUUGGGUUGUUCACCAUCACACAUUUCAUUUGAAAAUUAAUUUUAAGUCCACACAAAAUUGUGAUAUGUGAAUAGUCUGUCUGUUCCAUGGUAGCCAGGCUGUGGUGUCCCUGGUGGCUGUGAUUGGUUGCAGUGGAAGGAGUGUGUUCUGUGAAGCUCUUUCAUUGGCUAAAUUGUUUGUCGCUCUGUCCCUCGAAGGCACUUCAGCUGCACCUCUUACUACCUAAAUACAGAGCAACUUGAUCCUUUUACUAGAGGCAUGACAUGGUGAAAUAUCAGUUACUCUUGUACAUACUUGAAUGUAAAUUGAUGUUUAAUUUCAUAUAUUCAUUUAGUCACCAAUAUGUGAUCUUGGCAUCCUAUACCUUUUUGAAAACCUCCACAUCUAAGCUGCAGUAUAUUAAAAUCUUAGCUCAUUAAAGCUUUUAAGAAAAAAAGAAAAAAUGAAUAUGAUAAAAGAGGCCAGCAAUUAUUGUUACCUCCCAUCAAAUUCUUACUGGUUUGGCAGUUAAGAAUUAGUGAGAUCAUGUUUUAAAUUGGCAGUUCUAGCAGAAAGUGAAGCCAACUUUUCAGUUAGCUGUGCCCACCACUGAAAUUCUGAUUUUUUCCACCCCUUCCAGUCUGAUUAUUUUAAUGUUUACAGAUUAAAGUUAUUAUGUUUAAAUCCUUAAAUUGUUAUGAACUGUAGCCAUCCUACCUUAUUGUACUUGAUCGUUAUUAUUUAUUUAUGUUAGAUUGAAAAAUAUUAGUUUUGUACUUGAAAUGUUUCAUAUACUUUGUUUUAUACUCUUAAAGGAGACACCUUGAAUUAUGAGAUGUGUCCAGAAUAUCUUAGAUUAAUCAAAAUCUUUGUAUUUUCUGGUAUGCUUGAUAAUGAAGUUUCUGAAAGCUUUGAUUGCAAGUUUUCAGAAGUAAAUUAUAUAAGAGUAGGAACAAGUUUUGUACAAAUUGUUCAUACGAAUAUUCUGUACAAAUUAAUCACAAUGUCUUUUUUUUUCAGGUGAAGUAUCAUAGUUGGAUCCUUUAUGAAUGGAUAGUAACCUGUACAAAUUAGGAAUUAUGUUCUUUACUGAUGAACAAAAAAUAUCAAACUCUCAUCACAGUGUCAAAUGUAUGGUUUAGUUUUACUUUGUGAGGAAUGUGAGCCUCAGACUGAAACAUGCCAGUAUAUGCAGUAAAACCUCACUGUAAUGGACAUAUCUACUAAUAAGCUUCUGUAUAUUUGAUUUAGCUUCAAAUCAUCAAUCUUAUCCUCAGCAUUCAAGUGAGAUGCUAAUGCAAGAAUACAUUUCAGACAGGCCAGGGAAAGUGACGUUCUAGCAGACAGUAGUUUUCUGUGCAUCAGGAAGAGCUCAGACAUGGUCAUGGUGAGGUAUAUAAUAUGGGCUGCUCAACAUUUUUGUGGCAUAAUAAAUGACAGUAUACUGGCUGAUAUUAUGAUCACUUCCCCAAAGCAUCCCUUGGAAUGUAUUGUUGGUAACACACUCAUGGUGACACCUUUAGAAGUUUUACUGCAUACCUAACACACUGCAGUUAUGCAGGUGUGUGCAUUAUUCAUACAGUUGCCAAAUUGUCUCCUCCCUUCUGUCUUUGACUAGUAUUGUAUAUCAACGUGAAACAUGGGAUUCAGUCAGGCCAAUAUAUACAGUGUAUUCUAGUCAUUCCAGUUCAAAUUGCUGCAGGAGUUGGAGAGUUGGUGAACUAGACUGCAUUUCUUAGGUUACCACUAAACUAUAAUAAACUAAUUAGGUGAUUUUCAAA